GGUACUCUCAAUGGCUCAGGAUGCUUCGAAUGUGGGCGUCCCAAAUACUCACCUACCCUUCUUUUCACAAUCACAGUCAUACCCAUAUCAAAAACAUCCUUUCUUUAUCUGCACCUUCGAAUUCCGACUGUCGAAUUAUUUAUGUCGAACGUUCAGAGUUAACCUUUGGCAUGCCUGCCUCCCAGCACCAGCAAAAUCAAACCAUAUCUCCUCGUUUUCCUACUACAUCUUAGACCGACGCUCCCGCUUGCACCAUAUUUGGUUAUUAUAACUUGAGGCAAGAUCGUUUGCGGCUUGGCAGGUCUGCGACAUAUUGGGUUGGGUUCGAGUAUGACGUCCUUCGAGUUCACUACUGCUGAGAGAUUCACUUACGUCGGAAGGGUAGCCGAAAAAAUAUAAAAGGGACUACGAAAUUGCUUACACUCUCCAGACAAACUAUCUCCGUCUACCUACUUCAGCUCGUUCAUCACGAUGCGUUUCUCUCUUGCUACUCUCAUCCCUCUCGCCGCUCUCGCGGUCCCUGCCCUCUCGACCUCCGUUCAAGCUAGGGACGGAUCGGACCGCGAUGUCGAUCACAAGGGCAAGGACAACCACCGUAACGACGGCGGCAGCAAGGACUACAACUACGGCAACAAGGACCACGGGCGCAAGGACUGCACCUGGGAGCCUGUGUUUGAACACAAGAAGGACUUCAGAGGGUGGAACAAGAGCAAGUACACUCCCUACGACCACAAGGAUGUCAAGAAGGACACCUAUGAGAUCGAGUGCAAGGACUUUUGCGAGAAGGACGACAAAUGUAACUCUUGCCAAGUUUACUCGAAGGAAGAAUCGGAGGAAAAAUUCAUCUGCGAGCUGUUUGAGGAGAUUAUCGAUAUCCUGACCUGGGAGGAUGACUGUGAUGAUGACAAGGACCGCAAGGAUGGAAAGGACCGCAAAGAUGAAAAGGACCGCAAGGACAGAAAGAUGGAUGACAAGAAGGAUGACAAGGAUGGAAAGAAGGAUCGCAAGGACAACAAAAACCGCAAGGACGACAAAGACCUGCAAGGAUCGCCACAAGUACUACGAUACUUCUUGCUGGAACGCCCACUACAACUACUAAGUCUGACGUGGUUUCUUUCUUCCAACAGGCUGGGUGACAAGGGACAUUUGUAACACUCUGU